AUGGAUCGCACUGCGCGUGUUCUACUUCUGCUUGCGUUAAGGCGUAUUAAGAAAAAGAAACAGAAAAGAAAGUACUGGGUGCACCCAUUACUGACAAUUAUGAAUAAAGAUGGAAACCACUUCAAAAGGAAAUAUGAGGCGCUAAAAGUGGACGAGGUUAAAUUUUUCGAUUACUUUAGGAUGAGUGUAGGAAGUUUUGAAGAGCUUCUUAGUUUGAUAAAGCCUCAUUUACAAAAGAAAUACAUAUUUAGAAAACCCAUCGAACCUCUGGAGAUGCUGGGAUUAACUAUAAGGUACCUGGCGACGGGAAAUACUUUUAAAGAUAUGCAUUUCACAUAUUAUCGUGGAAAAUCUACAAUAACAGAAAUAGUAAAAUUUGUUUGUCGUAUUUUAUGGAACAUUCUUAAAAGGUUGGAAUUACCAAAAAUUACAACAGAGCUGAUGGAACAAAUUGCUCAAGAGUAUGAAAAAAAGACCAACUUUCCUAAUUGUAUAGGAGCGCUAGAUGGAAAACACAUUCGUAUAUUGAGCCCGGAUCACAGUGGAUCCCUAUUUUUCAAUUAUAAAAAUUAUAAUUCCAUUGUUCUAUUAGCACUUGUUGAUACGAAUUACAAAUUUAUAUAUGUCGAUAUAGGUGCAUAUGGUAAGGAAUGUGACUCCACUGUUUUUCAAAAUUCAAAACUAUACGACUUAUUAAAAAAAGGUCAAUUAUCUAUACCUCCGCCAAAACCGUUACCUGGCUUUCAAAAAGAAAUUCCUUUUGUCUUCGUGGCGGAUGAAGGAUUACCACUGACAAAUAAUAUAAUGCGCCCAUAUUCUGGGAAGUUUUUAUCGAUAGAAAAACGAGUUUUUAAUUAUCGUUUGAGCCGAGCCAGACGAUAUGUUGAGAGCGCUUUUGGCAUUCUCGCAAAUAAAUGGCGCAUAUUUCACCGACCCAUUAAUGUUUCUUACGAUUUCACAAUAGACAUUAUAAAAGCAUGCUGUGUAUUACACAACUUUGUAUUGAAUCGAGAUGGCGCACAAACGUUUGAAGAAAUGAUUAUUGACGAUUCUUUGCAAAUUUUACACGAAACAACACAUGAAAGUAGAACGGAAGCUAACAUAAUCAGAAACGAAUUUUGUAAUUAUUUUAAUAGUAGAUAACAUUGGAGCUCUAAGUUGGCAGUUAACGAAAAUAUAAAUGUUUAUAAGUACUUACCGAUUUUUGAUUUUUCAACAGUAUUUAACUCCUCAAAAUUUGAAUAUAAACUUGUACACACUUCCCUCCAUGCUUCUGUUUUUAAAUUUUUGUCUUUGAAUUGUGAUAUAGUUUUGUCCCAAAGGACGGGACGUUCGUAAAUUAAAGAUAUCAGGUGGUCGACAUCGUACUCCGCCAUAUCGCUUAAAAAACACGUGCAGGUCGUUCAAAGUAUGGACACCGACUAAACGGCAACGCGUUGUCGCAUCGCAGAUUUGUACGUUGCGCAGCGCAUCGGAUUUUCCACGAUGCGUUGUGCGGCGUCGUUGAUUUUUGCGAUGCGACGCCGCAACGCACAGUUGUGGCCUGGUCCUAUCUCUGUACCGAAUCUAAAUCGGUUCAAUGGUUUAGGCGUGAUUGAAAGCGUAACAGACAUACAGAGUUACUUUCGCAUUUAUAAUAUUAGUAGUUGUGAUAAUAUAUUUACAAAAAAAGUAUAACAAAGCAGAGAUGUUUUUGUAUAAAAAUAAUGAUACUUAUACAGAUAAUAAUUCUCAAAUUGACCCACUUAUUCUCACUUAUGUUUAAAUUAUUCUGUGUUGUAGUACAAUAGAUAAUUAUGUAUAUCCUAACACCAAAUAAAUUUUAAAUUUAAUGUUAUAGUUUGAAAUAGGUAUAUUUUAAAUAAAUGUUUUAUCUAAAUGUAUACAAUUUUCAAAUAAGUCAGUUCUUCUCUCAAUCACUUGUGGGCGUGUACAUAUAUUAUUUUAUUUUCUAUUUUAUUUUAACUUGAACUUAUCUAAAUUAUAUAUCAAUAUUUACCGAAUUAAUUUUUAGAAAUAAAAAAAAUAUGACACUUUGAUCACAAAAUCUACACGAGUACACCUACGUGUUGUCUUUAUGUACUUAUUUGCGUUAAAAAUGCAAUAUUUAUUGUUUUUGUCUUUAUCUGAUCCUAAUGUACCUGUAUUUGUUUGCGAAACGUGUUAAAACUUGUCAUAAUAUUCAAACAUUUAAAUCAUAUUUAGGUACAAUAAGUAACACUACCAUUUCAAUUGGAUUAGUUACUUUUUGGUACACUUAUAUAUAUAUAUAUAUAUAUUUAUAUUUACAAGGGUCAUUUCUUAAUACACAAGGUCUGUAUUCCACAUAUACCAAAUAUUUAAAGGGUGGAUUCGGUUAUAUGAAAUGAAAAUUAUUUUGUUUCUCAUUCAUGAGGACCUACAUAUAAUUACGUCUAUAUCUUGAAAAUACUUAAAGGCCAUGUAUAGAAACUGCUCAACAUUCAUUGAAAUCAAAUAAAGCAUUCGUAUUUCCCUUUUGAUGAAGAAGAGUAUUUUCAACGCCAUAACAUUUGGUGCCAUAAUUUAAAGACUGCGCCUGCACAUAACGUUUGGUAUAAUUAUCGUUCCGCAUAACUUUGCCAAAACCUACAAACAGUCUUUAAAUUAUGCCAAUGAAUGAAUGAUGAAUUUUUCAUGGUACCUUAUAAAAGUUAUUCAGUAUCAUUGGCCGAAUCUAUCCUUCAAAUAUAUGUAUGUACCAAUCUUAUGACCAUAAAAAUUUCAAACUAGUCAUUUAGCACACUUUUUGUAUGGCUGCAAUGUGCGAUCGUUUAAAAUUGUACAAGAUAGUUGUUUAUUUGCAAAUGACAUUCCUUUUAAAUCAUUUUUAUACAAUGCUAAAAUUACGUAAACUGCGAUUUAAGUUAUUAGUAAGUAUCAUAAAUUUAAUAUAUAGGUAUGUAAAGAGAUUGUACAAUAUGAACAAAAAUGGCAUGGUGUUUUUGUAAUUUAGUUACGAAUUAAUUGAAUUUAAUUAAUGACAUGAAAAUAAACUGGAUAAAUAAUA